AGAAUCCGGACGUAGGAGUCAAGGAAGAGGAGCGUGUGGCGACACGCCCGAAGGAGAAAGGACGUUUCCCUGCGGCUGUGGAGCAUGGACCUAAACGGCGCAAACCAACGUCGGCGGACGACGAGUGGUGGGCCGGAGCAGCUGCCGGUCCCUUGGGGGAUGGUAGGGGGCGGCGGUUGGCACCUAGUUUCGCUGGCUGGAGGGAACGCAGGAUGGCCGGAGAUGACGAGGAAGAUUGGAGCUGCUCCACAGCUCCAGGCCAAUAUACGUUAGAGGUCCUUAGGGAACAGUUUGGGGAACGGAUUUACCCAGAAACCGUUCGCAGCCCUGGUAAAGAUAGUACCCCUUAUGUGUCCCACUUUCAACUGGCGAGCCCGGAGUUCAAAUUACCGCAAGGGGGUCGGUUUACAAUCCGGGAUUCGAUGGCAAGGCAAACCGGAACUGAGCGUCCACGGGAUAGACUGGAUACACGAGAGGCGCGGGCUCCACCGGAAGGUCCGGAUGGAGACGGGCUGGAGAACCUGGGAGCAGGACCCAGUUCCAGGGCGUAUCCAGGGAUGGGUCCAUAUGGCGGUAGGGUACCGGCUCCAUGGCCCCAGCAGAUGAUAUGGAAUCCCCCACCAAUUUCCCUCACGUUUGACGGGGAUCCAGACAGGUUGGCGGUAUUUCUAAGCCACGUUCUUAACCAUCUGGACCGUUAUACAACCUUGUACUCGUCCAACUGGGCCAUGGUGGUCGCGGUAACAGCGAGUCUGCAAGGUGAGGCCGCUGCUUGGGCCGCAGACCUAUAUAGCGACCAGGCCAGGGAGUUAGCCGAUGUGGGUCUUUUCCUCGACGCACUAAAAACAAGGUUCGAGGACCCAAUACGCCUGCUACGGGCUGAAGCCCAGUUAGUGGGUCUGCGGCAAGGGGGCAGACCAGUACAGGACUACAUUCGAGAAUUCCAAAAAGUGGCAGGGAGGCUUAGGUCAUGGCCGGACAGCCUGCUAAUUCAUCAUUUCCGCACUGGUCUGGAUACCACCAUACGCCAAGCAUGUAUAGUCCGAGGGGUGGCUGGGCGUUUGACUGAUUGGUCUAGGGCCGCGGUAGAGUUGGAUGUAGGAUUGAGGGAUCGUCCUGGAAGACGGGAGGAGAGGCCCCGCCGGAAUCAAGAUCAGCCUGUAGGUGGCACCAGUCCGGACGUGCUGAGUACAAUACGUCCAAAGCCCACCUUCCGGUGUUUCCGCUGCAAUUGGCCGGGCCACCGCGCUGCGGAGUGUGGAACACCCAAGCCCACAGGUACACCUACGGCGGUUGGCACCCCGGGUACCACAUCGAAAAAACCGACAGAGAAAUCACGGGUGGCCUACCAACUGGGACAGUCGCCGAUCCAGCAAACACCCGAUGGGGCGUCUCCUACAUUACAGGAAUACGAGGACGAAGGACCGGUGGAAGAUCCGAUGCAGCAAGAAUAAGUUUUGCGCAAUAUUGGAAAAAUGAAGCACUACCACC